AUGGAUCGCACCCCUUGGACUGAUCAGACUCCGUCAGCAUCGGUCGAAGUCGUUGACCAGGAAGCUGCUGCAACAGACAUCAAAACUGAUGAAGCUGCUGCAACAGACGUCCCAAUUUUAAUGGGCAUGGAUCUAGAUGUUUUCAACGCUGCAAAAGAAGGCAAAACUGAAGUCCUCAGGGGACACGAUCCGCAGCAUCUUAACCAAAUAUUGACUCCAACCGGUAACACAGUCCUCCAUGUUUAUAUAGCUUAUGCAAUCACCCCAAAGCUCGUCAAACCUAAAGAAGAAGCGCCGAUCAAGCCAACCAGCGUUGUGGUCGUGGAGGAUAUCCUUCAGGUCUGUCCGACACUGCUAUGGCAGCAGAACGAGAGCGGUGAGACUGCCUUGCACAUGGCGGCCAGACAUGGGUGUGCUGACAUAGUUGAACUUCUCAUCCGAACUGCAAAAGCUCGUCGUUGUGAAGACCUCGAGCAAGGGACUGCCGCCUUCGCUUUAUCAUCAUCAUCAGAAGAAGAAGCAGCCUACUGGAAUAUUUACAUAAGGACACUUAGUAAGGAGAAGGACACAGCCUUGCACGAGGCAGUGCGGUUUAAGCACCUUGAUGUGGUGGAGAUAUUGAUCAGAGAAGACCCUGACUUUUCCUACCCUCCUAAUGUUGCCGGGGAGACUCCACUUUAUUUGGCUGCCGAGAGGAGAUACAAAGCUUUGUUCUCCGAAAUACUUCGCACUUGCAAGCAUCCAACUUACCAAGGCCCCAUUGGUAGAACCGCUUUGCAUGCUGCAGUGAUUCACGGUGAUGAAGAAAUGACCAAAGAAAUACUAAACAAGAAAAAGGAUUUGGCGAUAGCAGCAGACGAAAAAGGAUGGACCCCACUUCACUACGCUGCAUUCUAUGAUCGUGCUUCAAUUGUCACACAACUACUAGAAGCUGAUAAAUGCAGUGCCUACAUGCGUGACGAAGCUGAUAAGAAGACCGCUCUUCACAUUGCAGGCUCCAAAGGCCAUGUUCGUGUAAUGAAGCAACUUAUUUCCUAUUGUCCUGAUUGUUGCGAAGUGGUCGACCAAAGACGUCGAAAUGCUCUUCAUUAUGCCCUGGAGAAGCGUCAAUCUCGAAUUAUAGAUAUUAUUAUGAUGGAUACAUGGCUUAGCAACGUCCUCUUAAAUGCAAAGGAUGUUGACGGCAACACACCCCUCCAUCUACUUAAUGCUCCUCUCUGCACCGAGACUCCUUUCAUUGUUUAUGAUAAGGUUGAUAAGAUGGCAUUCAAUAAGGAAAACAUGAACGCUCUCGACGUCAUUGAAGCUAAAGAUUCUUCAACAUUUAAGGGAUAUCUCGCGAAUGAGUUGAAAAGGAAUGGUGCAUCAUCAGGCCAUCGAAUUCUAAGCGAAAAUGAUAAUGAUGGCCAGAAAUUAAAGGAAAACGAAGGUGGCGAAGACACUGAAACGUAUAAAAAUAUAAGAGAAUCCCAUCUGAUAGUGGCUACACUCGUAGCAACUGUUGCAUUCGCAGCAGGUGUCACCAUGCCUGGUGGUUAUUACCAAGCAUCAGAUCAGGGAAAUGGCACGAGUAACGUAUCAAGGCAAAACGUUACGGCCCCAAGUAAUGGACCAACUCCCGGUUAUGCAGUUCUAUCAAAAACUCAAGCUUUCAAAUCUUUUUAUAUAUUCAAUAUGAUAGCCUUGUGUUUGUCUUGGUGA